ACGAUAAAUCCGAUAGUACGUCUACUAAACAGAUGUAUUUCCACAUUAGCAGUGGAUUCUUUAGAAAAUUGUGGUGAUUAAUACCAAAAUAUGACUAACGCAUGGUUCGCUAUGCGGGUUUUUGACCAAUGUAACGUUCAUUCAUUGUGUUGUUUGAGUUAAACACACACUCCGACUCUUUUAGGUUUAUUAAGUUCAAUUAAUAUUAAUUUUUAACCAUCCUGCUGCAAGUUAGGGACGCUCCCUUGUGCCGUUGGAAUUAUCUAAGUGCCGUCCGUUGGAUAGAUGUGGAUCGUAGUGUUGAUGUUGAGUGUGUGAUGUGGAUAUGGAGAUCGCGAAAAUGGAUAGAUCGCAGUUUUCUGAACUGUUGCGAUAUUCGCAAACAAUGUUGGUAGCAGCUGGUGUUCUGACCAUCGUUAUAAUGGUGGUAGGGAUAGUUGGUAACCUGUUGACAUGCGUAGCGCUAGUGAAGCAUGCUAAACUUCGCACAGUUGCGGCAGCAUUUAUAGCUAGUCUCUGCUUUUCGGAUACGAUAUUCGGCGUUAUAGUCGUACCAUUUGCUGCAAGUCAGUUCUUCCAUGGAAAGUGGGUACAUGGAGAUGUCCUUUGCAAGGUGAUUCCGACGUUAAGGUAUGGAUGUGUUGGAGUAUCCCUUUUAAGCAUUGGAUCAAUUUCAAUCAACAGAUAUAUCCUCAUUGCAUGGCCGCACCUCUACCAAACCAUCUACACGAAAGCAAAAGUAGCAAUGUACAUUGGUGCCAUAUGGGCUUUUAGCUACGGUCUACAAAUACCCACACUUCUAGGUAAAUGGGGAACCUACGGAAUGGACACAAAACUUGGAACCUGCUCCAUCAACCCGGAUGAACAUGGUAACAGCUCCAAGACAGCUCUAUUCGUCAUUGGUUUCGCACUACCUUGUGUUGUUAUAGUUAUAUGUUAUGCCAAUAUAUACUGGGUAGUCAGGAAAUCACACAAGAAGAUGCAAAUGCAUAACUCUGGUAACAAAUAUAAAAGAAGCGAAAUGAAGAUCACCAAAAUGGUAUUGGUCAUCUUUAUCUGCUUCGUUGUUUGCUAUCUUCCAAUCACAUUGGUCAAAAUUUUUGACGUAGAAGUACAUCACGCACCUCUACACAUCAUCAGUUACUUACUGGUUUACUUGUCGAGUUGUGUCAACCCUGUUGUGUAUGUUACUAUGAACAAACAGUACAGGAUGGCCUAUAUAAGUACUCUAUUGUGUAAAUAUAAUAUUAAUUUAGAUUCUCAGCUGACACAGCCACCUCCUAGUAAAAAUAACAUGUCUGUAGCUUACUUGAAAAAUAUGAUACAGUCCCAGUCACCAAGUAAAGCGUGAUAUAGAAAAAGACGGUGAAGUUGAUCGUUGAAACAGUUGAAAGUGGGUCAAAAGAUUUUUUUUUAAACAUGGUAUCAAAGUUUUAGACCUGUGUCUAUUUAUGUUCUCAAAAUCAUUCUUUGAGCUAAUUACCCGUGAAUUCUAACUCAAAACCGUAGUUUUACUUUGAAUUGUAUGCUACUACAUCUAGUCUGAGUAUAACCCGAACUACUACAGGACUCAUAUCGAAAUGAGUUCGUCGGUCUACUGAGCCAUCGAGGCGACAGUAAAUUUUAUAUUUCCAUAUUUAAGAAAUGCAUUUUUUGGCGCAUUUUUUAACAAAAAUGAUAUACCAAAGAAGAAAAUAUUCAUUGACUGUACAUAAAGCAAUAAUAGUAAGAUAUGACAAAAAAAAUCCUGUGAUUUUUUAUACUUCAUAAGUGUAUAUAGUGUACUUCAUACUGUAUCGUCGCCCCCGCUAGCGAAAUUAUUCCGAUUCGAUUUUUUUGCACAAACUUACUCAAAAAGAUGUUCUUAUAACAUAUCCACAGGGUGCCGGGCUGUGCCGUGGUCGAAAAAUUGUUUAAACAAUUUUUUUUAAACAAAUUCACAAAAAUAAUUUUUUCAUUUCUAACAACUUUUUUAGAUAAUUUGGGUCAUUCUGAGUAAAAAAGGUCUGUUGUCAUUUUUUUCUAAAAUUGAUUGUUGUCGACUUAUAUGUGAAUAAAAAUUUGAAAAAUGCGAAAAUAGCCACUCGAUUAAAAAUUAUUAUGAAAUUUAAAAAGUGACCAAAUCAAGUUUCAAACACAAGUUUCAAUUUUAGAGAAAAAUAACAAGCGAACUUUUUUGCUCAUAAUGACCCAAAAUUAUCUAAAAAAACGUUGUUCGAAAUGAAAAAAUUAUUUUUGUGAAUUUGUUUAAAUAAACUUUUUUAAACAAUUUUUCGACCACGGCAGCGCCCGGUACCCUGUGGAUAUGUUAUAAGGACCUCUUUUUGAGUAAGUUUGUGCAGAAAAAUCGAAUCGGAAUAAUUUCGGGCUAGCGGGACGACGCGACGAUACAGCCCGGUCUAAUAGCUAUUAAGAAAAUUCUCAACUGGAGUCCGUUGUAAAAUCAUUUGUUUUGAAUGAAUUUGAGCUCUUUCCACAAAAUUACAUUUUCAUAAAAGUUUUUUGCCUUAAAAUUUAAGUUAAAAGGUAAAGACUAAUUGUCAAAAUCACUAAAGGGCUAGCAAACAAAAAGGUUCUCCCUAGUCGAUUAUAUUUUAAGUGCAAUAUCUCUGUAGGUCCUGAAUAUGCCCUUAUAUUUAUACAGUGAUAUCAUCACGUUCUUUCUACUCAUCAUUUGGCACAAACCAUCAACCUUUUCCUCUCCUAGAUUAGGUCCUAUUGCCUUACCAUUUUUCAUCCCAUUUAAUGCCUUGAUAAUCUCAUCUUUCGUUCUCGUUAUGAUGUUAUCAUAUUCUUAUUUUGCGUCCCACAUCCUUUGUCUCUCCUACCUAACCUAACCUCUGUGUUAUUCAUUUAACAGCUUUCUAAAAUACUCGUAUUAUCUUUUCUUUAUUUCAAUAUUGGAUAUUAGCACUCAAGUCAAGUCUUAGUCCUAGUCUUAGGUCAAGGCCGGUAUACAUGAAACCAAUAAGAAAGCAAAUAAAGUGGGUAGGUUACUUGUCUUUUGUAAACGUUUACUUGAGUAAUAUUUUACUUUCUUUGCCUUAAAAUAUGACUCAAGUAAACGUUUACAAAAAGCAAGUAACUUGUGGCAAGUAACCUGCCCACUUUACUUGCUUUCUUACUGGCUUCGUGUAUACCGGUCUUUAACUUAAGUAAGUCACGUAUUCACUUGACUCAAGUGAAUCAAGUCAUUUAAUGAAUUUUCUCUUGCUUUAGUAAUGCUGUACCUACUCUUCAUUCAUUUGUGCAGACGAUUUUUCCUUAGCAGUAACUACUUUCUUUGCUACGUUGUAUAUAUUCCUAUCUUCUUCUCUUUUAGGCCUCUUAUACCUUUAUCUAGGCUCUUUCUUCUUUCCAACCUUCAGUUGUACUUCAGCAUUCCACCACCGAGUUGCUUUCCGUAAGCAGACAAAUAGUACCAACGCAAAUUUUCAAAAGAGCUUUAACGUGCCAUUUAAAUUUUUUGUCAUGCUUUUGUGGUAUAAUUUGUUAUAAAUUAAAGGUCAAAUAAUCAAUUUGAUGUUGUGAAAAUGGCAAAACCCCACAAGUUACUCUAAUUGGGAUUUUCUUCUAUGGCUCAGUAUUAGUUGUAUGGAGAUGGAACUUUUGACAAAGAACAAAGCUAAAAAUUCAAAGCUGAAGAUUGGAGCAAAAGGCCUUCAUGAAGUUUCGUUCGGCCUUCACUGAAUUCUCUUUUAUUAGCAAUUUUACCCAUAAACUUCGAUUAAUUGACGCUGAAUGUCAAUAGGCGAAAUACACGUAUCACAGCAUGAAUUUCACAUUGGUGGUGACCGCGACUGGGACUUCCAUCUUCUAAGGCUGCUAGGCGACACUAAGCAAUGCAGCGAGGCAAAAAUGGCGAAAUAUUGGAGUAAGUAAAUUAAAUUAAUGGUUAAGUAUAAAUAAGCUCGAAUAAUGUUAUAGUAUAUACGUUUUGUUCUUUGUUAAAAAGUUCCUCACCACGAAAGAUAAUUAUUAUAAUGUAAUUUUAAUACAAAGGUGCCAAAGGUGUGUAACAGUUAUCUUUGAAUUUUUACUCAAUAUUUUGGAAUUUUUAAACUGAUUCCAAGAACGAAGUAUUAUAUUAUACCCUUAGGUUUUUAAUAUUUUUCGCUUAACAACGUAUUUUUGAACAGGGUAUAGUUUUAUAGUUGGUUAAAAACCAGAUUGAUAAAAAGCAGCAAUUAAAAUUUUUCAUUCAUUGGUUUUUUGCUUUUAAAUUUAUUUUAAAAGGCAUUAGGGCUAUGUGGUGCCUAACCAAUUUAUUAGAUAAAAUAUGAUAUAAUACAGGGUGGGGCAAAAUUCUGGUCUACUAUAAUUUUUUAUAAAUGGCAAAUUAUGGAGAUCAGACUACUAGAACUCAUUUGGUGAGUUUGUGAUUUUGAAAAAUAGUGAAAGAUAAACUAUCAGUGAUGAUGCAGCAAUAAAAGCAAACUGGAAAAACUGGUUCGACUGUCUGCUAAUAGAGCAAAUGCAAACAAAUAUAACCCAUGCAGUAGCGGGUUUUGAGAUAACAGAAUCCACAAGAAAGAAGAAAAACUACAAAAAUUACAGAGUUAUAACCUUCCUCUGUGUGGGGUAUAAGGUGUUUACGUGGAUCAUAAAUAAGAUAGUUAGUCUCUUCACAGAGAAAAUCAUAGGAGAAUACCAGGCCGGAGUCAGACCAGCACUACCUAAUAUUGACCAUAUAUUCAACGUAAAACAAAUAUUAUAAUACUAAAAGAAGGUCAAAUACGAGUCCAAAAUCAAUUAACAGAUCCCUUCCAGAUAACUGGACCAAAACAGGAAGAUGAGCCGGCUCCGACUCUGUUUAAUAUAUUUCAUACCGAGCAGAGCAAGAGCAGACACGGCGAAAACACAAAGAUUGCUGCACAGCAGAAAUGAAAAUCUUGCGAAAAAUAGCAAACCAAACUCUAAGAGACAGAGUAAGAAGUAGGAAAUACGAGCGAGAUGUGGUAUAGAAGAAAUAAACAUGUGGACCAAAAGAAGAAAAAUAGAAUGGAAUCAACACAUAGAAAGAAUGACAGAAAAUAGAAUAGUACGAAUAGCAAGAGACAAAUCGCCAAAUGGAAGAAGACCAUUGGGGCGACCGAGGAAAAGAUGGCCAGACAAUGUCAAUUGAGGCUUCAAACCGAAGUAAAACAGGCAUUGAGCCUAUUAUAAAGCAGGAAGAAGAAGAAAAUAUUGCAUACCUGCCAUACGACCAAUAGCGACAUAUGGAUCAUUAUUAACAUUGAUCAUGACAGAAAAAACCAUAAACCUUAUUGAUACUUUUGAAAAAAAGAUAUCGAGAAGGAUAUUGGGACCCAACUGCGACAAUAGUAUGGAAAAAAGGUUUAACCACGAGUUACAAUCAACGAGUUACAAUAUUACAAAGAAACAUCUAUAGCAAAUUAUGCAAAAAUACAAAGAUUGCGCUGGACAGGUCACCUUAUAAGAAUUGAUAACGAAAGAAUACCUAGUAGAACGUUUAGUGAAAGUAUGGUGGGACGUCGGCCAAUAGGAAGACCAAUGAUGAUGUGGAUAGACGAAGUGAGAAUCGAUGCUAAAGAGAUAUUAAUGGUGGAUACUGGAGGAGAAUAGCCAAGGAAAGGGAUGCUUUGAGGUAGAUGCUGGAGAAGGCCUGGACCUGACUUACAUAAACUGUAGAGUCAUCGGAGAGAGAGAAGUUUGUGAUUUAAAUGAUUAAAAUCACCUUUGGGAUCAUAGAUUAUAGGUACAUAACUAUCUGUUUUUUCUAUCACUUUUUUUGGAUAGCCCAUAGGUGUCUAUAUAGUACAGAUUAUUGGAGUGGGUAGUUUUUAGGGAAAGCUCAGAUUGACCAUCUAAAACAAUGAAGGAGAUUCGUUUGAAUUAUCUCCAAAAAACCACUAAAAGGAAAACCAUUAAAACUACUACUGAUCAUAAUAAUAUACCUAUUAUAUUGGUUGUAGCUUAUGACAUGCAAUAAUUGACAGACAUGUUUUGUAAUAUUUCCUUGUCUUUUGCCCUUUUAUUUCUUUUAAAAAGAGAAAUCACAUUUUCAUAUUUCUCAUAUCCUGCCAAGACCAGAACUAUGCGCUGCUUUGUAUUGAGGGACCAAUUUUCGUUAACGUACUAAGGGUUGGUAAGAACUCUUAUAUGAUCCGACUGAUUCUUUUACAAAGGUUGUAUAUAAAAGCACACGUACAUGUAGAUGAUCGUUGUUUUAGUUUUUAGUGCUCAUUAUUAUCAUCAGCCAUUUCAUAAGACUUAUUUGUUUUUGUUUUAUAGUUUUAUAUAAAUUAAAAUAAUUCUAAGAAUUUUA